GGCAGAAAAAAAAACUGGUUUAUUGGCCACCACUGGGAAAUGCUGGGUAAUUCGAGACGCCCUGGAGUUUGGACCCACUCCGCUGAUAGGUGGUGGCUUAGGGUUCUAGGGAGCACAAGAGGCGGAGCCAGGUGGCUUCCCUGUGCUGAAAUUCCUGCCUUUCUCUCUCUCUCUCUCUCAGCCUUGCAGUACUUCCCCUCUGUGUUUCCUAUAAUUGUGACUGGAUUUCAGGGGAAGCGAUUUCGCGUGCACUGAGGCAGAGGUCUGAGUGGACGAGCUGGAGAAGGCACAGUGAUGCCCUCAACCCUGUCCCUAAAGGUGGUCCACGGGCCGCCCUCCUGUACCUGCUGUGCGGGGCCGCUGGAGGAUGCGGUGACCGCUCCCUGUGGACACACCUUCUGCCGGCUCUGCCUCCCCAAGCUCUCCCAUAUGGGAGCCCAGCCCUCAGGCAAGAUCCUGCUCUGUCCGCUCUGCCAAGGGGAGGAGGAGGCAGAGACGCCCAUGGCCCCUGUGCCCCUGGGCCCGCUGGGGGAGACUUACUGUGAGGAGCACGGCGAGAAGAUCUACUUCUUCUGCGAGAACGACACCGACUUCCUCUGUGUGUUCUGCAGGGAGAGCCCCUCGCACCAGGCGCACACCGUGAGGUUCCUGGACGAGGCCAUUCAGCCCUACCGGGAUCGUCUGAGGAGUCGAUUGGAAGCCCUGAGCAUGGAGAGAGAUGAGAUUGAGGAUGUAAAGUGUGGAGAAGAUCAGAAGCUUCAAGUGCUGCUGACUCAGAUUGAAAGCAAGAAGCAUCAGGUGGAAACAGCUUUUGAGAGGCUGCAGCAGGAGCUGGUGCAUCAGCGGUGUCUCCUGCUGGCCAGGCUGAGGGAACUGGAGCAGCAGAUCCGGAAGGAGAGGGAUGAAUACAUCACAAAGGUCUCUGAGGAAGUCACCCGGCUUGGAGCCCAGGUCAAGGAGCUGGAGGAGAAGUGCCAGCAGCCAGCAAGUGAGCUUCUAAAAGAUGUCAGAGUCAACCAGAGCAGGUGUGAGAUGAAGACUUUUGUGAGUCCUGAGGCCAUUUCUCCUGACCUUGUCCAGAAGAUCCGUGAUCUCCACAGGAAAAUACUUCCCCUCCCAGAGAUGAUGAGGAUGUUCUCAGGUUCUGGACUGAGAGUCCGGGAGGGCAAGGACCACUUCUCCUCUACUAGUCCACAGCAGAAGCCACAGCCUCUGUCCUCAUCUUCACACUGUACUCGAGACACCUUGCCCCUGGGGAUGCCUGUAAGAAGUAAUAAGUCACAGAUCUCUCUUUCUAUUUCUACUUCCCUUAGAAAACUUGGUGCAUCAUCUGGAACCAGAUUCAGGGGUCAUCACUCUGGACCCUCAGACCGCCAGCCGGAGCCUGGCCCUCUCGGAAGACAGGAAGUCAGUGAGAUACACCGGGCAGAAGAAGAACCUACGAGACAGCCCCCUGCGCUUCGACGGCCUCCCGGCCGUGCUGGGCUUCCCGGGCUUCUCCUCGGGGUGCCACCGCUGGCAGGUGGACCUGCAGCUGGGCGACGGCGGCGGCUGCACGGUGGGGGUGGCCGCGGAGGCGGUGAGCAGGAAGGGGGAGAUGGGCCUCAGCGCCGAGGACGGCAUCUGGGCCGUGAUCAUCUCGCACCAGCAGUGCUGGGCCAGCACCUCCCCGGGAACCGACCUGCGGCUCAGCGAGAUCCCGCGCGGCGUGGGCGUCACCCUGGACUACGAGGCGGGGCUGGUGACCCUCCUCAACGCCCAAACCAGGGAGUCCAUCUUCACCUUCACUGCCUCUUUCUCCGGCAAAGUCUUCCCUUUCUUUGCAGUCUGGAAAAAAGGUUCCUACCUUACCCUGAAAGGCUGAAGUGGGGCGCGCGAAAGGCGGUGAAGCGGAGACCGUGGCGCCCUGGGAUCCAGCUCAGCCCCUGGCCAGCUCGCGGCCCAGGCGGCCCCCUGUGCCCGCGUGAGGCGAGAGGACUAAGUCUCGAACAGCGGUUGUUUUUACUUUAUUUAUCUUAGGCCCUCAGCUCCCUGACGUCCUGAACCUCCUGUGACUUCCGGCCUUCUCUGCACCUCCCAGUGAAGAACCACAGAGGGGCUCAGUUUAGGGCAACAGCCAACCUAGGAGCCCGAGGGCUUUGGGGUGCGGAGAGAAAAAACACCUAAAAUAAAAUGUUUAUGCUG